CGGUGAUUCAUUCACUGCACUUAACUGAACGUUGAACUCAAGGAGGAAGCAGGCGGGUGAUUCAGUCUAUUCUUCAGCUUUCCUUCGUCACACUGUCGUCUUGUUUGCGUCUCAGGAGCUCUGUCUUCAUAUAGAGAAUUUAGUCGACUCCGACGAAGCAGUUAGUUAAUUUAAUGUAAGAACCAGCAAGUUAGCAGAUGUUCACCUAAAAUAUUACGGGACGCAACGGUUCACCUGAAGCGCACGAGGACGUCGUUUGCAUGAAACUAUGGGCAGAUAAAAGCAUUGGAUGCAAUUUCGCUACAUUUACAGAAGAAAGGUGGGAGAUUUGGCAAAGCUCUGAAGAGGACCAGCUCAAAACGGGCAGUUACACCUCAGUGAAAAUUUCCUCCAGAAGCAGCCUGAGACGGACCAUGUCUCUCAGUAGUUUCCACCUCAUGCAGACCCUUAAGAACUCUCCUGCUGCCUUUCGACGUCGUUUCCGCCGUGACCGGACAGAGUCUCUCUCCCAUGGUGAUCCUUUGUUUAAAGUCCACUACUUGGGCACAGAGAAAAUCUUCUCUCUGGAUCGAGAGCAGGCCCAGGACGCUAUUACACGCAUGCUAGAAGGCAUUGCAAAUGGGAAAAAACUGAGCAAAGAUCACGCCCUGGUGGUGCGCCCAAGAUACGUCGAGGUCAAGGAGCUGAGCACGGGACGGCAGCUCACGAAGACGUACCUGCAGGAUAUUGCAUACUGUGCUGCAGAUGUCAACCGGCCUAACGUCUUCUUAUACAUCUGCAAACAUCACGGGCAACAGCUGCAGUGUCGGGUGUUCUGGUGCAGUCGGGCAGAGCGGGCACGAGACAUGACUGCUUGUCUGGCACGUUCCUUCCAGCGGGCGCUGAGUGACUGGCAACAGGACGGCUCGGCCAUGCUGGUGCCAGGAGAGGUGAAAGGGAAACUCAUUGAUGAGUCGAACUCUUCUUCCAAAACAAAGAGCUCCACACUCCCUGCCAGUUUGGAAAAAGUUCGCUGGAAGAGAAGGGGCUCUGCAUCUCGAAGCCCUCUGAGAGCCAUCACCAGACGAGGAUCUGCCUCAGACAGAUGGAACUGAACCUGCGUGGGUCCACAUGAACCUGAUGACAACUUCACAGAUGGAAGCACUGCAAAGAUGGGAGAGAUGGACUAACUACAAGACUUAAGGAAGGACAAAAGGGGCCAGACUGCCAAGUCCACAUUUGGACAUAUCAUGGCUGCAUGUGAAAACAUGUCCUUAUCGGCAAGUGUUUGGACUCUAAUGUUUCUGACAUAGCAGACUUCUGUGUACUUUUGUGUCCAAUAAGGCACAAGAUGCCGUUAACGGCUUUCUUUUGUUCAGCCGGCAACAAAUGAGUCAGAGAUCAUGCCUGACCAUUUGAGGACUAGACUGGGCAUCUUUUUGGUUGGCUCGUUUAAGUGCUCUGUGCAAUGCUUAAGCCACAAGUUUGGUCUGUUGGAAAGCAAAUGUUAAGCCAACAAUGAUGGUAGGUGGCCAAACAAUCAACCAGCAAAACUGGAAAAAGACGUCAAGUCUGGAUUUUUUUUAAAAGUUUUAUUUAACUGGUGUUCACAGGUCAUGAGUUAUGAUUUUAGUAAAGUUCGUUUCUGUUGUUUGGCAUUAGACAAAUUCAAGAUACAGGGGAAAAAUGUUGGCACAUCAACAGUAAGUUUAAAGUUCCUUAUCUGAAUGCAGUUAGUUUUAGUACGUUGAACACUUUGUAACCAGUCCUUUUUUUUUUUUUAAUAAUCCUAAUCAAGAAAUCACAAGUUUUAUCAGCUUAUUCUGCAGUCUUUUUAUUUUCUGUGAAAUUUGAUAGGUCUAGCAUCAUAAAAGAUUUGCAAGGUUUGUUAAGGAGGAGGGAAAACAAAAAAUCCAAACAGCCUCCACAGUGUUGAAUAAUUUGCAUUUAUGUGGAAACACUCCUGUGACCGUGGCUAGUGUCUAAACACUGUGUUCCUAAGCGGAGCCCGUGUGAGGCGUGCACGGCCAUGCACCUGCAUACCAAAUGUGGGAGGAGUCUGAGAUCGGGGAUCUUACUAAAAGUCUCAAAUUCUUCAUGUCCACCCAUGACUUCGCAUAUUGAGCAGCCUCGACAUUAAAUGCUACAGUGAGCUUUUAACUUUGGGGCUUUCUGCUUCACAUUGUAAAAGCCAUAAAAAGGUGCCCCAACUAGCUAAUCUUCCCUAAUUUGUAUAUUUAUUUAUUUUUAAAGUGACAGUUGAUCACACUGAUGUGUGCUGCGUUGCAUAACGAACGGUGAGGAUGGUGAUUUCUCUGCCGUGUUUAUGAAUAAGAGACUUGAGGAUUAGUGGUGCGCCCUCGGGCUGCCGUUAACUUCUCAUUUUAUGUUUUCUGACCACAACUAAGCUAUAAUCGUUUGCCUUUUUUUCUGACCAGGAAAGGUUUUUUGAUGUGCCACUCGUUCGUUCUUUCUUUUUUUUUGUUUUGUUUUUUUGCCACAUUGUUUUAAAAUUUUAUAUCCAUGCAUCUUACAAAUGGCACAACCAUCAUCUCAGAAAACAGGUUUUUAUGCCUGCUUCAAGAUAUAUUUCAUCAAUGUACUGUCUCAUGUCAUUGUGCAUAUUUAUCUAAAUAUGUAUUUUAUGAAAUAUUAAAACUUUUUAUACAUUGUUAGUGUGUGUGUGUACAUGUCUUCAUACUUUAACUUUAGGUAAGAGAAAUAUUUAACCUGCGUUUACUUCUGCAGCUUUGAAUGUGAUUAAGUUUUAAAAUGUUAUAUACGCCCUGAAGAAAACAGUUUUGUUUUAUUUUUAUUUACUUACUUUUGUAAUUUCUGGAUGGGUAAGAGAAAGUGAGGGAGAUUCAGGGUGAUGGGCCAAGACUUGAAGAGGUCAUGGGAUUUUUAACCUUAUCAUGUGACUCAUUUCCCAUGAAACCUUUUCUUGGUGUUUUUCCACAUUAAAAAAAAGUUGAAUACACGUGAAUACCUCCCAACUGCAGAGUAGGUGGUUAUACAGCUCUAUGGCUACUGCAGCCUUUAAACAUGCAGGUUUGCACUGUGUGUACUCAAAAUUUUGUUCAAUAUCAUGGUGCAUGUUGCAUAAACACAGUUUACUGCAUAAAAUCUGCAAAAGAUUA